CAGUAUCUGUCCUCCAGAGCUUCAAAAGGAGUUUAUCCUCCUGUCUUGGCACAUACUGACACAUUCAGUAAGCCAUGCCAAACUGAUACUGGAGUAACCCAGCUGCCAGUGGAACUAUGUGUUGAGGACUGCCUGUUGAAGUCUUAACUACCUGGAGCCCUCUCAUAUUCUUCUUUGGCUGUUGGAGGAAUUCGUUUUGACAAUGGGGAGGAGGAAGAUCCAGAUCGCCCGGAUCGUGGAUGAAAGGAACAGACAGGUGACUUUCAUGAAGAGGAAGUUUGGUCUGAUGAAGAAGGCCUAUGAGCUGAGCGUUCUGUGUGACUGCGAAAUCGCCCUCAUUAUCUUCAACAGCUCCAACAAGCUGUUCCAGUAUGCCAGCACCGACAUGGACAAGGUCCUGCUGAAAUACACCGAGUACAACGAACCCCACGAGAGCAGAACCAACUGCGACAUUGUAGAGGCCCUGAACAAGAAGGAGCACAGAGGCUGCGACAGCCCUGACGCUGACGCCACUUACGUCCUCACGCCCCAUACUGAGGAGAAGUACAAAAAGAUUAAUGAAGAGUUUGACAACAUGAUGAAGUGUCAUAAACUUACCACCAACCUUCCACAGCAGAACUUCCUGCAUGGCAGUAUGGUGUACAGCCCUGGUGCAGGAGGAGGGGGAGGAGGAGGAGGAGCGACCUCCCAGGCUCUCGCUGCAGCCACAGCAGCUCUGGCUGACAGUGGGAUCCUCUCCUCACCUCACACACACCUCCACAGAAACAUUAACCCCUCACAGAGACCUCCCAGCACUGGAAACACAGGUGAUAUGGCUCUACAAAAUGGAUCUGGGUCUGUAAACGGUUUUGUGGGCUCCCCUGGUGGAGGCAGCUUGGGGAAGAUCCUACAACCCAAAUCUCCUCCUCUUCCACACAAUAGCCGCAAAACGGACCUCCGAAUGGUCGUCCCUCAGUCUAAAGGAAUGAUGCACACACUCGGUACCCAGAGGCUGAGUGGCAGUCUGUCCACCCCGGUGGUCUCCAUCUCCACACCCAGUCUGUCCCACCAGAGUCUGGUCUACUCCAGCAUCGGCUCUCCGUACAACAACGAUUACUCUCUGAACAGUCCUGAGCUGUCGGGCUACUCCCCCACUGCAGGACUCUCUUUGGGCUCCUUGACGGCGUGGCAGCAGCACCAGCUGAGCUCACUGGGGUCUGGGAGCUCCAGUCUCUCCAUCAACACCGACCACGACAUCAACAUCAAAGCUGAACCGACCUCCCCGCCCCGCAACCACCUCAGCCAAUCAGGGUACAUGACCCAGGCUCACGGCCCUCCUCAUCCUCACGCCUCCAGCAGAGCAGAGAUGGGGAGAUCUCCCGCAGACAGCAUCAGCUCCUCCUGCAGCUCCCACGAGGGCGGAGGCAGCGACCGGGAGGAGCAGCUGAGGCGGGACUUCCUCCCUGUGAGCCACUCAGAGGGCAUGGAGGGUCCAGCGACGGUCAAACGAAUGCGAAUGGACAGCUGGGUGACAUAAAGCCUGCAGUCACAUGAUGUCACAACAGCAGGAAGAACACAGGAAGGACACUGUUAUGCAAAUGUAUUUUAUUGAUGUGUUCUGUUGUGUUAUUAAGUUUUCAUUUAUUUUGUGGUCAGAUUUUCAGUCAGACUGCAUAUUCUGGAUCCGUCUAAAUUCUCUCAUCAACUUUCAGAGAAUCUCAAAAGGAAAACUUCACCAACCAAAUGGUCAUAUGUAUAUCAAAUCCUCACUCCGUGUUACUUUGGAUUCUUGAAGAACAAUGCGUUUCCCUCGCAUGCCUCAACAUCGAAUCAAGAAUAUAAGAAGAAAUAAUAACCAACAUCUAAUUAUUUUUUACAUUUUAUGCAUUAACAAUCACAGGCUUGUAAUGCUUUGCAAGUUGUUAGUAAAUAGUCAUUUUAAGAAUCAGAAUCAGUAAAUUGUAUUUAUCCCGGGGGAAAAUUGACAAUAUUAGAAUUAUAUAAAAUAAAAUAGAAUAAAAUAUUUACUUUAACGUAAGGCGUUAAGGUAAG